UUCCCUUUCAGGCAGUGAGGAAGGUGGGGCAUGGAUAAGCCACUUGCUCCUCAGCAAGUGCCUCCUUAAAGUCUGCAGAGGUACUCUGUGAGUCACUGCCAGCUGUUGCCUCUAAUGCUGAAGUGACAGGCAUAUCAGACUUGUGUGCAGUGGGGAGCACGAUGGGAUCAUACUGGAGUGCUCAUGAGAGUGAAGAAUGCCCAUGCUACUCGCUCUCUGUAAAAAUCAUAAGAAUGAGAAACCUGAGAAAGGCAGAUCUGUUUAGUCAAGCUGAUUGCUAUGUAAGCCUGUCCUUGCCUACUGCUUCCCCUGAGACUGUCCGGACCAAAACCAUCAAGAACUGCAAAGAUCCAGUGUGGAAUGAAACAUUUUGCUUCAGGAUCCAGAGCCAAGUAAAAAACAUUCUUGAGCUGAAAGUCUAUGAUGAAAAUAUAGUCACUAAAGAUGACCUCCUCUUCACUGUCCUCUUUGAUGUUGCUAAAAUCCAGCUUGGAGAAACUGUUCGCUUGACUUUUCAGCUAAAUCCAAAGACACAAGAGAUGCUGGAGGUUGAGUUUGCAUCAGAGAGCAUUCCAGUCCCUCCUGAAAAGCUUGUCACUAAUGGUGUAUUGGUGUCUCGUGAAAUUUCCUCCUUGGAAGUCCUGGUGGACAAUAAACGGACAAAGACAGAACCUUCAGAAAAAGAUUUCUUAUUUUCAGUGAAGGGAUCCUAUGAAGUGAGCCAGACCCUGUCACUGGGUUCUCCGCUGCAACGUGCGGAGCCCCUGGACUUCCAUUACAUCAAGUACAGCCUGUCAGAACUGCGUGUGGCUCUAGCAGAGAAGAAGCCUCACUCCUUCUUGUGUACCUCAGGUGAAGAGAAAAAAGACUACCAUGCAUCCCUCACCAUUCCUCUUGAUUCGCUUCCCUUCAAGGAGAAAGUAGCAGUAGCAAAGGAUGAAACUAUCAAUUUACAUGUGAAGUCAAAUGACUGGUCAAGAAACUUAGAUGUUCGCUUGGAAUUUGAUCUAUGUAUGGAGGAGAAAAAUUUCCUGCAGAAACGGAGGAAGUUUGUGGCUUCUGCUCUGAAAAAAGCACUUCAUUUAGAGCAAGACCUACAAGACCACGAGGUACCAGUUGUAGCAGUCAUGACAACAGGAGGUGGCACCCGCGCACUGACAUCUCUGUUAGGCAACCUGUUGGGUCUUCAGAAGCUGGACCUCUUAGAUGCUGUUUCAUACAUCACUGGGUCAUCUGGUUCAACAUGGACCUUGUCACAUUUAUAUCAGAGUGCUGACUGGUCACACAAGGAUCUGUCUGGACAGAUUGGUGAACUCCGCAGACACAUGGCCAAGAGCAAACUAAGCUGCUUUUCCCUGGAGAGCUUGAAGUACUAUGACAAGGAGCUAAAAUUGCGGAAGCAAGAGGGAUACCAGAUCUCUAGCAUUGAUUUUUGGGGUCUUCUGCUGGAAAAAGCAUUAAGUGAUGGGAAAAAUAACCACAAACUCUCAGAUGAACGACAGGCAUUGAAUCACGGUCAGAAUCCCCUACCUAUCUACAUGAUCCUCAACAUGAAGGAAGACUACAGCCUUUCAGAGUUCAAAGAAUGGGUGGAGUUCACCCCUUAUGAAGUUGGGUUCUUAAAGUACGGCGCCUUCAUUCGCGCAGAGGAUUUUGGCAGUGAGUUCUUCAUGGGCCGCCUGAUGAAGAAGCUCCCUGAAUCCCGCAUCUGCUUCAUGAAAGGCCUGUGGAGCAAUGUGUUUUCCUACAACCUGUUGGAUGCAUGGCACUUGUCGGAUCCUACAGAAAGGCCCUCACUGAGGUGUACCCAAAACAGGACUGUUGAUGUUGAAGCAGAUCAGCCUUCCCUACCAGCCAGGAGUCAUGAUUUGGACACUUACAUGGUCACCCCUGAAUGUGGCAUCAUGGGCAUCAUUCGGCAAGUCCUGACCGAGCGGGUGAUGGUUUCCAAGUUCUACAACUUCCUGAAGGGGUUCCAGCUACACAAUGAAUACCUCCAGAGCAAAAGCUUCUGUAGAUGGAGAGAUACUGUACUAGACAAAUUCCCCAACCAGCUGACAGAAGCAGCAGAGUUCCUGUGCCUGGCAGACACAGCGGGAUACAUCGAUAUCAGUUACCCACCACUCAUGAGGCUGGAGAGGAAAGUGGAUGUUGUCCUACACUUAAACUACUCUUCUGGAUCACAGACAUUGCCUUUGGAAGAAGCCUCCAAGUACUUCCUAAAGCAAGGAAUCCCAUUUCCCAAAAUCCACCUGAGUGAAGAAGAAAAGAAAAAUCUAAAGGAGUGCUACAUCUUCGAAGAUGCAGACAUCCCAGAGGCACCAACCGUGGUGUUUUUCCCGCUGGUGAAUGACACCUUCAAAAAAUACAAAGAGCCUGGUGUGGAGCGCAGCCCUGCUGAGAUGGCGCAGGGCAACGUGGACGUUUCCACCAUUUUUUCCCCAUACUGCUUAAACAGCUUUACCUACACAGAGGAAGAGUUUGACAAGCUGGUAGAAUUGACCAGCUACAAUAUUCAGAACAACAAACAUCUGAUCCUUCAGGCUUUGAAUUCAGCUAUAGAGCAGAAACGACAGCACAAAAAAUAAAACACCGUCCUGAGUUUCAGAAAUAUAUCCAAAUAAUAUUAUUUUUCUGCAGAAGAAUCAAGACCUGUUUGUGAAUGAACAUGACAGACUUGGGAAAGCACAAAGGCUUAUCUCAGCUUGUGGAUCCUCUCCACCAUGUGGUGAUCCUAGAUAAACCAAUCAAACAAAAUAAUCGCUUGUCUCAUGCUUUAUUUAUCUUGGAUUUUACUGCUGGUGAACAUUUUUUUCCGUAUACAUACAUGUAUAUGCAGUAAAGCAAACCUUAGGGAGUAUGUGGCUUAUUGAUGAGUUUUGUAAAUAAUGAAUGUGAGACAGCAAUAACAAUUAUUUUAAAAAUUACUAUGCUAGUAGAAUUUAUAUGUUAAGACAAAUGAGCUACAAAUAUUUAAUCUAUUCAAAAUCUAGUGCAACAGUAAUAUACAUAAUAAACAUGGACCAUGUCAAAGAAAAAACCUAUAUUUUCCUGUUGUGUCAGCAAGAAAUAUUGUUGGAAAUAACAUGCAAAUCUAAACAUAAAAAAAUAUAUAGCAAAUAUGAGAUUUCACAUGAAAAAUACAAAUUUUCUGUACUUCUGAAUUUACAAGUUUUAUUAUACCAGCAAUAUCUAGGUUUGGAAAAUCCCUUGGAAGUCACCGUUGCAAACCCCAUUGUGAGUCAGGAUAGGGUCUUCUGGUGCAUGUGUAAGUACUUGACCUGUGGUUGUGCUGUUCUCUGAACACUCACAGUAUUUACAGGAUUCAGCUCAGCACCUGCAUCCUGUUAAUUUCAACAGGUUCAAUAGUACUUCUUGUUAUUAUAGGAUGAGAUGCUGGCUAUGAGAAUAAAAACAUCGAAAACAGAGACAUUCAGACUUUGUGGUAAGAAGGCAAUAGGUGCUUUACACUGAUAUCCAUGGGUAAUUGCAUACCUUUGUCAGUUCCUGGCUGUAUACAAUCAACACACCAUCUAUGCAACUACUAUAAAUAGCACAAGGCAAUUUGUUAAAACUGCUUAUUUUUGAGAUGAAGAUCAAAAUAAUUCUUUGCUUUAUGAAGGAUUUUAAUAACACGGAUGCUCUGUAAGCCUGUUUCAUCACAAUAGAGAUGCUAAUCUAAAGCAAGACAUAAUGCUUCAACCAUUAUCAGCUACCCUUAAUUACUUCAAAUUUAAAUGAAAAGCAGUAACUUGUCUGCACUGAAAUAACGUAUUGGCACACACAGAGCUAUGCACAAUGCAAUCAUAGUCAAAAGAGAAAAUAAAUCCUUACUUCAAAAUGAA